GUAAAGAUCCGAGCUUGGGUACCAAGUGGAGUCGAGCUCCCAAUGCCACCCUCAGCAUUGGAGCAGAGAAAGAGUCGUGGCAAGAUGCCAAAGUGCUUGUUUCCUCUCGCUUUCCUUUUCAUUUUCCUGCCUAAUUCCUCGUGGAGCGACACUGGACACGUCAUCUUCCCGGUCGAGAAUCGGGACUGGCUGCUCAACCACCUCUCCGUCCACAGGACAACCGGCGACGUUUACGUGGGGGCUGUCAAUCGGAUUUACAAACUCUCGAGCAACUUGACGCUUCUUCUGGUUCACAAAACCGGCCCCGAGGAGGACAACAAAUCCUGCUACCCUCCUCUGAUCGUCCAGCCUUGCAACGAGCCGCUGACUCUGACCAACAACGUGAACAAGCUGCUGCUCAUCGACUACUCCGAGAACCGGCUGCUGGCCUGCGGCAGCCUCUUCCAGGGGGUCUGCAAGCUCCUGAGGCUUGACGACAUGUUCAUCCUGGUGGAGCCCUCGCACAAGAAGGAACACUACCUGUCGAGCGUGAACGAGACGGGCACCAUGUACGGGGUCAUCGUCUCGUCCGAGGACGCGGACGGCAAGCUCUUCAUCGGCACGGCCGUGGACGGCAAACAGGACUACUUCCCGACCAUCUCCAGCCGCAAGCUGCCGCAGGACCCCGAGUCCUCGGCCAUGUUCGACUACGUGCUCCACAGCGACUUCGUGGCCUCGCUGAUCAAGAUCCCGUCGGACACCCUGGCCAUGGUCUCCCACUUCGACAUCUUCUACGUCUACGGUUUCGAGCUCGGGAACUUCGUCUACUUCCUGACCGUCCAGCCGGAAACCGAGGGGGUGACGGGCUCCACCAGCGACCAGUUCUACACCUCGAGGAUCGUGCGCCUGUGCAAGGAGGACCCCAAGUUCCACUCUUACGUCUCGCUGCCCAUCGGCUGCCUCCGGAACGGGGUGGAGUACCGCCUCUUGCAAGCGGCCUACCUGUCGAAGCCGGGCAGCGUGCUGGCCAGGUCGCUCAACGUCACCACCGAUGACGACGUCCUCUUCACCAUAUUCUCCAAGGGACAGAAGCAGUACAGGCGGCCGCCUGACGAGUCAGCCCUCUGCGUCUUCGUGGUCAAGCACAUCAACCUGCAGAUCAAGGACCGGCUCCAGUCUUGCUACCGCGGGGAAGGCAACCUGGAGCUCAACUGGCUCCUGGGGAAGGACGUGCGCUGUACUUUCGCGCCAGUGCCGAUUGAUGAUGAUUUCUGCGGCUUGGAUAUAAAUCAGCCACUCGGAGGCUCUAUGCUGGUGGAAGGUGUGCCACUCUUCACCGAGGACAAGGACCGGAUGACAGCCGUGGCAUCCUACGUCUACAACGAUGACUCGGUGGUCUUUGUGGGGACUAAGAGCGGCAGACUGAAGAAGAUCCGUGCAGACGGCCCUCCUACUAUCGGCGGUCAGUACGAGACUGUGCAGGUUAUGAAGGAUGGAAGCAUGAUUCUCCGAGAUAUGGGUUUCUCCACGGACCAGCAAUUCCUUUACAUCAUGUCCGAGAAACAGCUCUCGAGGGUACCAGUGGAGUCGUGUGAACAGUACGAAACCUGCAGCGAGUGCCUGAGUUCGGGAGACCCCCACUGCGGCUGGUGCGUGCUUCACAACAUGUGCUCGAGGAGAGACAAGUGCGAGCGGGCAGAGGAGCCUCACCGAUUCGCGGCCGUUAUCGACCAGUGCGUCAAGCUGAGCAUCCGGCCCAACAGCAUCUCUGUGUCCGAGCACACCGUACAGCUCACCCUGAAAGUUAGCGACGUCCCAGACCUCUCCGCGGGGGUGGUCUGUGCUUUCAAGGACUUGACUGAGGUCGAAGGACUGGUGCUGGGCGACGAGAUCAUGUGCGUGUCACCGGCUGCCAAAGACGUGCCCGCCAUUGUCACAGAUCAGGACUGGAUCGGGGUGGAACUGCGACUGAAAUCCAAGGAGACGGGACGGAUGUUCGCAAGCACGGAAUUUAAGUUCUUCAACUGCAGCGUCCAUCAGCUGUGCCUGUCCUGCGUGAACAGCGCGUUCCGUUGCCACUGGUGUAAAUACCGCAAUCUCUGCACUCACGAUCCAAGCACCUGCUCGUUUCAAGAGGGACGAGUCAACGCCUCUGAGGAUUGCCCCCAACUCAUCCCGUCGGAAGAGAUUCUGAUCCCGGUCGGAGAGGUGAAACCGAUCACGUUGAAGGCACGGAACCUGCCACAACCACAGUCCGGGCAAAGAGGCUACGAGUGUGUCCUUGAUAUACAGGGAGUGAUCCACCGAGUGCCAGCUCUGAGGUUUAACAGCUCCAGCGUUCAGUGUCAGAACGGUUCGUACCUGUACGAUGGAAUGGAAGUCAGCGACCUCCCCGUUGAAUUCUCCGUGGUGUGGAAUGGAAAUUUCAUCAUCGACAAUCCGGCAGACAUCAAAGUUCACCUGUACAAGUGUGCGGCGCUGAGAGAGAGCUGUGGCCUCUGCCUGAAAGCCGAUCAGAAGUUCGAGUGCGGCUGGUGCAGUGGAGAGAGCAGGUGUACCCUGAGGCAACAUUGCCCGCCAUCCAGCCACUGGUUAGACCUGUCCAGCAAGAACGUGAAGUGCAGCAAUCCCCGUAUCACUGAGGUGAUUCCCACAUCGGGUCCGCAGGAAGGGGGGACACAGGUGACCAUCCGUGGCGAGAAUCUGGGCCUGGAUUUCCUGGACAUCGCAAACAACGUGCGUGUGGCUGGCGUGCAGUGCAUCCCCUUGUUAGACGGGUACAUCAUUGCCGAACAGAUCGUGUGUGAGAUGGGCGAGGCGAGACCAGACAAAGAAUCCGGCUCCAUACAGCUCUGCGUCGGCGAGUGCAAGCCAGAGUUCAUGACCAAGUCAACUCAGCUGUACACCUUUGUGAGGCCCUCUCUAGGAGACCUGAUCCCAAGACGAGGUCCAGAGUCUGGAGGAACAAUGGUGACUAUCUCGGGCAAGAACCUCGGGGCUGGCAGUAAUGUCAACGUGAUGUUCGGGAACCAGACGUGUGAGUUUUACAGGCGGUCCAUGACUGAGAUAGUUUGCGUAUCGGCCCCGUCAAUCCACGGCCCGGGCAGCGUCCGUCUCGCUGUGAACGUUGACCGGGCACAAAUGGAGAGCAGCCUUCGGUUCGAGUUUAUCGAAGAUCCCACAGUCGUACGGAUUGAGCCAGAAUGGAGUAUCGCCAGUGGUAACACCCCACUGACUGUGUUUGGGACGAACCUCGACAUAAUCCAGGAGCCCAGAAUCCGCGUGAAACACAACAGCCAAGAAUCUCUCAAUGUCUGCGAAGUGGUGAACUCUACGACAAUGAGCUGCCGGGCCCCUGCCCUGACUCGCGAGUACGUGCCAGGGUUGGACAGCGUGGAGCAGCCGGAAGAGUUUGGCUUCGUCUUUGACAACGUGCAGACAUUACUCGUCUACAACAACACAAACUUUAUCUUCUACCCCAACCCCACGUUCGAGCUCCUGAGCGCCACAGGCAUGCUGGAGCAGAAGCCGGGAUCUCCCAUCAUGCUGAAGGGUCGGAACCUGUUACCUCCUGCUAGUGGGGGAGCCAAGUUAAAUUACACCGUACUGAUUGGUGAUACGCCCUGCCCCGUGACCGUGUCUGAGACGCAGCUCCUUUGUGAACCCCCGAAUUUAAGCGGACAGCUCCGAGUUCUGGUGAUGGUGGGCGGAGUGCAGUUCUCGCCCGGAGUGGUCCACAUCAUGUCUGACAGCCUGCUCACCCUCCCGGCCAUCGUCAGCAUCGCAGCUGGAGGGGGUCUUCUGCUUGUCAUCGUGAUCAUCGUGCUGAUCGCCUACAAGCGGAAAUCCAGGGAGAACGACCUGACCCUCAAACGGCUCCAGAUGCAGAUGGACAACCUGGAAUCGCGUGUGGCUUUGGAGUGCAAGGAAGCAUUUGCGGAGCUCCAGACGGACAUCAAUGAACUAACCAGCGAUUUGGACCGAGCUGGAAUCCCAUAUCUUGAUUACAGGACGUACGCAAUGAGGGUUCUGUUCCCAGGCAUUGAAGACCACCCUGUUCUAAGGGAGCUGGAGGUUCCUGGAAAUGGGCAGCAGAACGUGGAGAAAGCUCUGAAACUCUUUGCACAGCUCAUUAACAACAAGGUUUUCUUGCUGACCUUCAUCCGGACACUGGAAUUGCAGCGUAGCUUCUCCAUGAGGGACCGAGGCAACGUGGCGUCCUUAAUCAUGACCGCCCUGCAGGGCAAGCUGGAGUACGCCACUGACGUUCUGAAGCAACUACUCUCUGACCUGAUUGAGAAAAACCUUGAGAGCAAGAACCAUCCCAAGCUGUUACUCCGCAGGACCGAGUCUGUGGCUGAGAAAAUGUUGACUAAUUGGUUUGCGUUCCUCCUGCAUAAGUUCCUUAAGGAAUGUGCUGGUGAGCCUCUCUUCAUGUUGUAUUGCGCCAUUAAACAGCAGAUGGAGAAAGGACCGAUUGAUGCAAUCACAGGAGAGGCACGCUAUUCCCUCAGUGAGGAUAAACUGAUCCGACAACAAACUGAGUAUAAAACCCUAAUUCUGAACUGCGUGAAUCCAGACAAUGAGAAUAGUCCUGAGAUUCCAGUGAAAGUGCUGAACUGCGACACAAUCACCCAGGUCAAAGAGAAAAUCCUAGACUCCAUCUACAAAAAUGUGCCAUAUUCCCAGCGGCCACGUGCAGUUGAUAUGGACCUAGAGUGGCGUCAGGGGAGAAUGGCUCGUGUUGUCCUACAGGACGAAGAUAUCACCACGAAGAUUGAAAACGACUGGAAGCGCUUGAACACUUUGGCACACUAUCAGGUGUCCGAGCGCUCAGUCAUCGCUCUGGUUCCCAAACAGACCUCGUCUUACAAUGUCCCGACCACAACAAGCAUGUGUCGGACAUCUAUCAGCCGCUACGAUUCCACGUUGCGUUACACCGGGAGCCCUGACAGCCUGCGUUCUCGGGCUCCGAUGAUCACCCCGGAUUUAGAGAGCGGAGUUAAAGUGUGGCACCUGGUGAAGAACCACGAUCACGGAGACCAGAAGGAAGGGGACCGCGGCAGCAAGAUGGUAUCGGAAAUCUACCUGACCAGACUGCUGGCAACAAAGGGCACGCUGCAGAAGUUUGUGGAUGACCUGUUCGAGACGCUGUUCAGCACUGUGCACAGGGGCAGCGCUCUGCCUCUCGCCAUCAAGUACAUGUUCGACUUCCUGGACGAGCAGGCGGACAGACACACCAUCCACGACAUGGACGUUAGGCACACGUGGAAGAGUAACUGUUUGCCGUUGAGAUUUUGGGUCAACGUGAUCAAGAACCCACAGUUUGUGUUCGACAUUCACAAGAGCAGCAUUACAGACGCAUGUCUCUCUGUGGUGGCACAAACGUUCAUGGACUCGUGUUCGACUUCUGAGCAUCGGCUGGGAAAGGAUUCUCCGUCCAACAAACUGUUAUAUGCCAAGGAUAUCCCCAACUACAAGAGUUGGGUUGAGAGGUAUUACGCCGAUAUCGCCAAAAUGUCUGCCAUCAGUGAUCAAGACAUGAACGCCUACUUGGCGGAACAGUCCCGUUUGCACGUGAAUGAGUUUGACAUGCUGAGCGCAUUGAACGAGAUCUAUUCCUACGUUAUCAAAUACAGUGAAGAGAUAACCGCUGCCUUGGAACAGGACGAGCAGGCUCGGAGGCAGCGACUGGCUUACAAGGUCGAGCAGCUGAUUGCCGCCAUGCUGCUGGAGAGUUGAGACCGACCUCUUCAGGAACGAGCGGCUGAGCAACAGACGAUUCGCCAAGCGCAGCCACCAAACGGGGAGAGCAGGAGCGAUGGGAGUCGCCAAGUUAAACGCCGCAGACACAGUUGCAAACCAGCGACUGGUCUUGGGGGACAGAUGCUUCGAGCUGCCUUUUUUUUUCGAGAGGCCCAGCUGGGAAACUCCUUUUCAGUUUGCUUUCCUUAAGAGUUUGGUCGCGGUCCUUUCGUUACUCUGCAACUCCCAGUUCGCCGUAAAUCUCGAUUCACCUAUGGCUUCAUUGUUUACAAGGGACGGCCCCUUUCGGGGGGACUCUAUGCGGUGAGUUUACCGAUCGUACGAUUGACCGAGGCUUGGUGUUACCAAACCGCACGGACUGUUGGUGUGGACAAGAGCCACCAGAGACACGCAACAGAAGCAGCAACAGCAGCAGCAUAAUGGUA